GACAAUUAAAUUUGUGCUGAAAGAUGCAAUGUGAGGACAUCGUUGUGCGUAUCGCUCGAUAUCUAAAGGAAGGUCUCCGUCAGUUAAUUUUUUAAUCGCCGCAGCGAAGUCACUGAGGGUUAGGACCUCAUCGUAAUGCACGGAGCGGCACUCGAACGCUUAUACGAAUAUAUAGUUUUGACAGUUAUAUCAAGGCAUUCUGGAAAACGAUUCCUUAGGGAUUCAAAUGUGUGAUACUUAGCAGAUACUAAAAGGUAUUUGUCCUCGAAAAUGUAAUUCGUUGUGUUAAUUUUUUGCAUACGCGUAGCUAUUUCAUGUUGGAAUCAGACAGCUAAGGAUUUAAGAAACAAACACUUUGAAAGGUCCAAGGCAAGUCUGGAAUAUACGGGGUUUCUAGUAUCAAAGUAACGACGCUUAUGUAAAGUUCAGAUAAGAAUUUUCCAUCAAACAUUAACUAUAGAAUUAAAUAUAUUCUCGCGAAUACCAAAAGGCAUUUUAUGGAACUUAACUUCUAUGGACUAUGUCCACAUCUGCAUAUGAAAACAUGGUCAGAACAGCUACUUGACACUGUGCAAUGUACUAUCGUCAUGUGUACUGUCAUGCAACAGAUGUCUGAGCAAGAACCUACCACGCAAGAGGUUCGGGGGAUAGAGUUGUUGGUUGCAUGUGAAGAGCAUCAGAGGAAGGAGGCUGGGCGUAAACGCAAAGCGGAACAUGAAGCGCAAUUGAAGACUUUGGAUGGCGAAAACGCGGAAUUGGGAAAAGACAAAGAGAUGCUGGAGCUACAUCAAAAGGAUGAUGAAGAAGCCGAAUUAGAAGAUAUAGUUUUGGGAGGAAGCACCUGGGAUAAGAGCCGAAUUGAAUCAGAUGAAGAGGUUCCCAUUAAAAAGAGAAUGACAACAAAAAUGUCGCACCGGAAUAUUGAUUUGGACGAUCACGAAGAGUCGUGGAGUGAAGAACAACAACAGAGUAUCGAAGACGAUGAAAUAGCUAUAGAAAGAAAGCCUGUUUGGGAAGAUGAUGAUGAUCAGUGCACCGUUAAUAGCAAACAUGAAGACGCCUCAUUCCGAGACAAGACUCUAUCUGUGAAACUCCGAGAAAAGCACGAGAAAAUUUUCUCGCGUCCAAAAUGGGCCACUCAGGCCGAAAAAAAGAUUCAUCUGCGCAAUGAAGAGGCCAACCAACUGCUUCGCACAGCUACGUCUUUUGUCGAUACUGAUCCAUCUAUGAGGCCGCUGGGGUCUGGUUUACUAGAUUUCACGCGGUGUCCUCAGAUGAACAAAUUUUGUUUUCAGCAUAGCCCCCUGGUGGCGUUAGCGUUCCAUCCAUCGUCGGAAAUUGCUAUGACAGCACAUAAAAAUGGCGUAAUAACGUUCUUUAAUAUUGAUGCAAAGGAGUGCAACAAAAUCCAAAGUGUCUACUUUAAAGAUUUCGACAUUUCGUGCGCGAAGCUGAGCUCUGAUGGCAUGCAGAUGAUGGCUGGCAGCAUAAGAUAUCGAUCGUUGCAUUGUUAUGAUCUCAUGAGCGGGACGCGCACACAGGUGACCUUCCCAAAGGCUCACGAGUUGACGCAUAUGAAACGUUUCGAGGUUAGCCCGUGUGGUCGUUAUCUGGCUAUUCACGGUCGCUUCGGCAAAAUGUACGUGAUUUGCGCACAAACGAAACAGCAGAUUGCCACCUUGAAAAUGAAUGAGGAUGUAACGAGUACAGUGUUUACCCGUGAUGGAAGAAUGAUCUCGCACGGUCAGAAUUAUGUCUAUCUAUGGGAUAUAGGCGUAAGAAGAUGUGUGCAGAAGUUCCUGGAUGACGGUUGUUUGAAAGGACAGACCUUAGCCCUUUCUGCCGACGAACGAUUUCUAGCAACUGGGUGCGACAGUGGAAUCGUUAAUGUGUACGAUGCCCAAUAUCUUCUGAAAGGACGUGAUGCAUCUCGGACGCCGAAGCCUUUGAAAUGUGUCAAGAAUAUAGUCACACCAGUUACCUCAUUAGCGUUCAAUGAGUCAUCAGAAAUACUUCUGAUCGCAUCGAGAUACAAACCUGAGGCGGUCAAAAUGGUUCAUACGGGUAGCUUAACAGCGUUUUCCAAUUUUCCCGGAGUGCGACAUAAGUUCCGUAACCCAUCUUGUGCUGCCUUUUCUCCAAAUGGAGGAUUUCUUGCGCUGGGAAGUACAAUAGGUGCCGCCAACCUUAUUCGUAUAAACCACUAUGGAAACUAUUAAUUUCAUGGACAGAUGUACGUAAUGGAAGUCCGGUGUGCCGGCGAAGAAACAAGCACAUCUCCGAACUCCUAUUGAUUCUUCUAAAUACGUGCUUUGAAACAAUUACGUUGGCCAAUGGUAUUAAUAGAAACUGUUGAGCAGGAAUCUGCACGGUGGCAGGUGUUUAAUUUAGAUGAGUUUUAGUAUAAAAUUGAGGCUGUAAAUACAUAUUUCAGAUGUUUGUGUUGUAUGCUUGUUGACUGCAAGUUUGUGCAUAGGCGACUGUAAUAAACCCGAUUUAUCAUCAAAUUUAUUUUUUUCGUUUGGUCGGUAUCUUCUAUGCUUCGCGGUGUUUUUCAAGUGGAUGUUCUUUUCGCUAGGCGCGUUACGGUCGCUCUGGACAGGAAAUAAGUUUCAGGUACAUUUCGAUUAAAUGGUGAACAGCUCCUUGAAAGCUUUUGAUCUUAUCUUGAGCGUCACCUCUGCCUAACAAAAGUUGCGUAUAAAAAAAUGGCAUGUUAGUUUUAGCAGGCGCUUCUCACCGAACUAAACCGUUAGUGUUGCUUUCUUGUGAAAAGCAGGCUGAAUUAUUAAGCAGAUAAUAUACAAAGUACGUAUGUAUACCACUGGAGGAACCAGUAUUGAGUUCAUUGCAAUGACACAUCUCCAGUUCAAUGAUGAGUUCACGGAUUGUAAUUAAAAUAGCGCCGCCUAGAUAUUUCUUCCACUUAACAGCGGUGUUAUUUCUAAUGCGUCAAGAGAUCAUCUUGAAAACAUUGGAAGACGAAGUUUUUUUUACUAAUGUAGGCUGCAAAUAAAACAACCUAAAAAACCCCAGUCUGUAUUAUUUAAGAUCCUAAUAACAACUGAAAUUGAUUGCUUCGUACAGAAAAUAAAGUGUAGCGAUUCUUAUACCUACAAAACUACCACAUAAGACCUAUUACUCUGGUUCUAUAAUCGGCAGGGUGCUUUUGAAAAUAAUAAGAAAAUCGCAGUACAAUUUAUUCCAAAUACUGUGCGUUUUUUGUUAAUGCAAUAGUCUGCGGUAAAGUUUGUAUCCACUGGUUACAAGUUUAGUGUCGAUUAGAGCUUAACGAUUUGUUCCGCUUGUGUAUUACACUGCCAGGUACCGCCUAGAAUGCUGAAUAUUGAAUGUGUAAAGUGGCUUAUUCCAAGACAAACCCUGUCUAUUUUAGAAUAAACCAGAUAGAACCAUUUCAAUUUUAAGUCAAUCACACUCUAUAGAAAAUGCAGUGAAUCUUUCGUGUUCUUAUACAAUCGAUAAACGCAGAUCAUAUAGGUUUAUGCAAUACUCGCCACUUGGCUAUAGCCGAUACAUGUCAUCAGUGGCUGGUAACCUACAUCUCCGCUAGCAGACCCAGCCAUUAUAAGCUUAUUAUGCAAGAAUAACGGUGGCACAUGGAAAAUAAAAUGCUGAUAACAGCGGUAUUUAACAUAUAUGUGAUAUAAUCCCCGGUUUUACUCACAAUGGUAACUUCAUAAUGGAAGGAAUUCAUUUUGCUUGCACGCUGUAUCCUCAAUACAGAUGCGAAUAAAACAUGAAUGAAUCAUUCAUAAUUUAUAACUAACUUCGUAACAUAACGUUGUCGAUAUAUAAAGCUUUUAUACUUUUCGAUUUUCUAAUAAGCAUUCAUAAUGCCAUUUGGUUAAUAAGAGUCUAUUUAUCGACUGGAUUUAUCUAGUUACAGUGUAUGAUCUUUUUUAGUCCACCAGAUAGAGUCGAUGGACAAAUUGCAGAGAGCACUUCGUCACUUGCUUUUUUUAGAAAAUAAUUGGCGAUACAAACAAAAGGGGAAAGGUAGCGAAUAAUUAAGAAAAUUGGUGAGACACCAGCUUUUAAUGUAUUUGCUUUAGCUCAUUUGGCCAGCCUUUGCAGUGGCCGUUGCUUUCUCUGUGAAUAUCCCACGAGACAAAUAAAUGUCACUUCUUUGUUGAGAAAGUUCUACUGUAAAUAUGAAUUCUUGUUCUAGGCUGAUUUACAGCCCUAUGCUCCGACAAAAUACGGAAGGGCUGCAAAAGGGAUUACCUAAUUCUAGAGCAGUGGUUGUGGACAACAGGCCGAUAGUUUUUUUAUAAUUGAGGUGAACUUUUUCACCCGCUUUGAUAUUACAGUGGAAUUUAUGGCACAUCGUGCCUUUGUGGCUAUCCCUAACGGA